UGAACAAGCUAUAUAAAUUCAAAAAUCUAUGUAUUUCUUCUAACAUACUUUUCAAACAUACCGUAUAAGAAAAAAGAAAGAAAUUUUUUUAACUAAUAUAAUACAGCCAUGAAAAAUUGUAUUAUUAAAUUAAUUAUAAAAGUUUCAAAUCAAUUAAUUGAAGACCAAACAAUUAUUUGUAAUGAAAAUUGGAGCAUUGCUCAACUUAAAGAACACUUAUCAAUUGUUUAUCCAAAUAACCCGAAACCUAUAAAUCAAAAUCUUUUUUAUUGUGGUCAAUUGCUUAGUAACUCAAAGUGUCUAAAGAAUAUUUUUCAGGAUGAUGAAAAUAAUGAAAAAAUAUAUAUCCUUUAUUUAAUAUUGAACUUAAGUUUGAAUAAUUUAUCAAGAAAUUUGGAAAUAAAACAUAUUGAUGACAAUGAAAAAUCUAAGUCUAUGAUAAAGCUACAUUCAUGCUGGGAAAGAAUUAUACCAACAUAUGAAUUUUAUUGCCAUUACAGUUAUUUGAAUGAAAACCAAAUAGUUUGGAUUAAACAAGCUUAUGAAUAUUAUCUAUCUUAUUACAUGCAAUUGGUUACCACACAAGGUUCUGAUUUUUCACAAUUAUUUUGGAACUUUCAAAAAUUUGAUAUCACUUCGCAUAAUGUAAUUAGUAAUGAAAAUCAACGUCAGCAAAUGAUUUUAUAUCAAGCUGAUGUUGACUUAACUAAUUUUAAUAACGAGAAUAAUAAUGCUAAUGGUAGAGAUGAUAUUUUUCUAGGAAAUAAUAGAGAUUGGUUAGAUAAUUUUUAUGUGCUUUCAAGAAUAGUAAUUUUAUUUAGUAUAGUAUAUUUCUAUUCAUCUCCACUCAGAUUUAUUAUCGUCACAUUUUCGGGUUUCUUAAUAUACCUCUACCAUCAAGGAUUUUUUAAUACUCGUCCAUUCGUGAUCAUAGAUAAUAAUAAUGCUUAUGUAGAAAACAAUAAUCAAAUAGAACAGGAUGAAAAUCAUAUACCCGGAAUACGUCCACAUCAGUUAACGAACAGAAACGAGUUUUCAAUCGGUACCUAUUACAACGAGAAUAUUCAAAGACCUGGUGUACUAUCAUUCACCUGGAUAUUUUUUAGUUCGUUUUUCGCUUCUUUAGUUCCUGAUCACCCAAACAUUGGUUAAGGCAAUUACGUUUUUAGUUAAAUAUAUAAUGUAAUACAAUGUUAUUUUUUAUGUGAAAAUGGUAAUAAA